AAGUCGAUUGAAUUAAAUAGCCCCUUCUAAUCCACCCUGAAAAAAAAAAAAAGAAUCAAUUAAAAGUAAUUGAAAUCAAGAUAGUCAACAGAUACCGUCGGGAUACAAUGUCUAGUGACCCUGAGGAGGAUUACAUUCCAUGGAUCCAGCAAUUUUGUGAAGCAUUUGGACAUGAAUACUUUGUUCCAGUAGCACAAGAUUUUAUUGAAGAUGAUUUUAACUUGACUGGAUUACAACUGCAAGUACCAUAUUACCGAGAAGCAUUAUAUACUAUAUUAGAUUAUCAGGUAGAGACAGCCGAAGAUAAUGGGGGUCAUACUAGUAAUGGGGGUUCAGGAAGCAAGGGGAAGAAUGAAUUACCAAAUAAAGCAUUAUUGGCCCAUUCAGCAGAGUUAUUAUAUGGAUUAAUUCAUGCUCGUUAUAUAAUUUCCAAACCAGGAUUAACAGCAAUGGCUAGUAAAUUUGAAAAAAAUGAAUUUGGACCAUGUCCAAGGUUUUAUUGUGAUGGAAUGCAUUUGAUACCGGUUGGUUCUACUGAUAUACCGGGACAAGAAACGGUUAGAUUAUAUUGUCCAUGUUGUAAUGAUAUAUAUUUACCACUGAGUUCACGAUACCUUAAUAUUGAUGGGGCCUUUUUCGGUACUACAUUCCCAGGAUUGUUAGUUAAAAUGUUCCCCGAAAUUGAAAAUCAAUGCAGAAUAAGAAUAAAUAAGGUUAAUCAAGAUGAUUUUGGAUUAAAAUUAUUUGGAUUUAAAGUUAAUGAAUUAAGUGCUAGUGGUCCUAGAAUGAAAUGGCUAAGGAUGCAUCCUCAAAAGAUUGAUCAAAAGAAAGAAUACGAUACUUGUGAAUUAAAGAUUCCAAGUGAUGAAGAAAAUGAAGAUGAUGAAGAUGUUAGUUCUGCUGUCAUGGAAAGUGGUUUAAAUGAUGAUGAUGAUAAGACCAUGGCCAGUGAAGGUAACUAAACUUGAUAUUAUAAUUGCAUGUACUCCCUCCUCUUUUUUGAUUCUCUCAACUUUUAAUUUUGUCUUUUACUAUCAAAU